AUGCUUACGCUAGGCUCUGGGAAACCUGCUGGGUUCACAUCAAUCCCAUCUGCAAUUGGGAAGCUGACCAGCUUGGCAGCCCUGGUGUUUUGCGAGUUUCAACUCAAUGGCACAAUUCCAAGUGAGAUGGGAUUGUUCACAGUGCUAAACAUCUUGAGCUUGCAAAAGAACUCCAUCAAUGGCACUUUACCAGAAGAGUUAUCAAAGAUUUCACAGUUACAUAGCUUAGACAUCCAAUCCAACAAGUUAGAGGGGAAGAUCCUAGAACAAGGUGCCCUCCACCUCAACAAGUUGCGGCUGGUGCAAAUAGGUGACAACCUAUUCUCGGGCUCUCUUCCCACGGAAGUUGGUUUGUGGUCUAGCCUUGAGAAACUUGAACUACAAAACACGAAAAUAUCUGGCACUCUCCUCACAGAAUUGCUUUUGUUGGACAACUUGACCAGUUUGGUGGUUAUGAACACACUUGACAGAAAGUAUCCCUCAUGGACUGUGUAA